UUAAAUUGAAAUGUUUCUUUAAUUUUGAAAUAAUUUUUCCCAAGGCUUUGCUUUUCAAAUGUCAAUGUUUAAUAUUUUGAACACAUUGGCUUUCUGGGCCCCUAAAACUCUCUUCACUAUUGACACUUUAGGAUUUACUGGCCAUGUUGUUGCUUCUGUUUGAAUUUGCAACUGAGCACUUGUAUAAAUGGAAUUUGAAAUAUUUGGAAAGUUGUGUAUGGGAUUGGAAAAAAUGAAUGUGAGAUGUUCCUUUGCAUUGCAUAUUGUGAAAGGGAGGAUUUGUAUGUGCUUUGCUGUUGUUAUUGUGGUGGUUAUUGUUGCAUAUGCUAGUUUACUGUUUUGAACAUGAUUUGCUUACUGCUUUGAAUUUGCUAUUUGAUGGAAGUUAAAUGGGCUCUUGAUGGACAGUAGAAGGGAAGACUGCCUGUAUUUCAUGCUCAUACCUACCAAAGCAUCAGUCUGUUUAAUAUUUAAGAGCAGUUUUAAAAACAUGUAGGGGACUUCUUGACCUUAAUUAUAGCAUCUUAAAAAUGUAUGUGGAGAUUAUACAUUUUUGAGACACUACAAUUAAGGUUAAGAAGGGAGAUAAUUUGCAUUCUCCUUGAAAGAGCUUUGAUACCAGCUCUGGAGACUGAGGGGCAUUGUCAGUGAGAGGGCCCCACACAGAGGCUCCUGUGUCUCCAGCCUGCAGCCUGGAGGACUCUGAAGACUUCUGUUUAGCCUUACACAGAAGAAGGCAGAAUAAACAAGCUGAAAAGGCUUAAACAAGCUUCUGGGUUUUUCCCUAGACUUAGGGUAAAUAAAAGGAUCAGUCACUGAUUUGACAAAAAAAAAAAAAGUGAGCAUACAGAAAAAUAUUAAUAGGACACCGUAUGCCAUGCUCCUGGUUCACUGCAGAUUAUCAAUCAGUGGAAGGUGAUAGAAGCAAUGGAAACAUCAGCAGAAUGAGUAGAGAGAUAAAACAGCAGUUACAGCACCAAUGGUGCUUUGCUCUGGUAGGGCUGGUGGAGCAGGGCUGAUGUAUUAGAAGAGUCAGGACUUGUUCAUAUGUCUGUUUCUUCUUUGUCCCCCUCAUCGUAGCUGAAUAAUCAGCCCUGGACUUUGCAGGUAAUAGGUGUAGCAAAUAUUUUUUUUAAACAUUUAUCAACACCAUUUAAAUCCUUAGAAAAGUUCAUAAAUUGAAUCCUAUAUAGUGCAUUGUUCCCCUUAACUAUUUCUGAUUAUAUACCAUCUUGUUAUUUUAGAUAUUGAAUAAUCUAUCCCUCAUCUUUCCUCAAUUUUGUGUGUGUAUGAGUGAAGAACUAUAAAAGGGUUUUCCUAAAAAAAUACUUGCUAAGAUUCUGCUGUGUGCUGUAUUUUGCUCCUAAUGUUGAAAAACAAAUAUUAUCAAAUGACCUCAAAUUUUGAUACCUAGGGAAAAAAAUAGUGAGAACUUUUGAAUCUAACAAAAGUACUUAGAAUAAUAAAAGCCACAUUCCUUUAUAUAUCUUAUUAGGCUUUUUUUUUCCCAAGUAGUAAAACAGUCAUUAGUUUCACUAAGUAUUUUGGACAGUAAAUUAGAAAUUUGUAGUACCAAGUUUACUAUUCUUUACUGGAGAUUGUCCAGCAGGGGAAAGCAAAUAUCAGUGGACGUGUGGAAGAAUUUUCUGAACUUUAACACUUACACCUGCUAUACCUAACAACCUACUCAGAAGAAGGUUCUAUUUCUAGAUGGUAAAUGAGAGCUUCACAAUGGACGAUUAUUGUGUCAUGAGUGGUAGUUGGGAGGAGGGGCAGCGUUUGGACAUGCGGGAGUUAUCAUAUAUGCCAGGAUAUCAUUGCUAGGUCAUUUAUCUCUUAUCUAGCCAAGUUCAUAUUAAAUUCUGCUAGGUUAGCACUUGAGGUCAUUUAAUAAAAUUGCUGAUUUUUAAGAAUAGGAGGCAUGUUCUUCUUUGAAUCCUGAGAGAGAUGGUUGCUGAAAAUAAUAGGAACCAUAUCUUCAUAUUUUAGGCAAAAGUCACUUUUAAGAAGCUUUGUGAUAAAUUAUCUAGAGAAGUCGGUGAAUUGUGCCCUAAUGGUUGGAACGAGACAAGCUUUCUAAUAGUGAUGACAAUUAUUAAUUACUAAUCACAGGCAAUGUUCAGUCUUUGUAUGGUGGAAAGUGGAGCUGAUGAGGUUAAUUUGCACGGUGUGACCAGCCUCGGCUUAAAGCAGGCUCUGGAGUUUGCAUACACAGGACAGAUUCUACUGGAGCCAGGUGUGAUCCAGGAUGUGCUAGCAGCAGGCAGUCACCUACAGCUGUUGGAGCUUCUCAAUUUAUGCUCCCACUAUCUCAUCCAGGAAUUAAAUAGCUUUAAUUACUUGGAUCUGUACAGACUUGCUGACCUCUUUAACCUCACUUUGUUGGAGAAGGCAGUGAUCGAUUUCUUAGUGAAACAUCUCUCUGAACUUCUGAAGAGCCGCCCAGAAGACGUUCUAACGCUUCCCUAUUGCCUGCUUCAGGAGGUGCUGAAGAGUGACCGCCUGACCUCCCUAAGCGAAGAGCAGAUCUGGCAGCUAGCUGUGAGGUGGUUGGAACACAACUGCCACUACCAGUACAUGGACGAGCUCCUGCAGUACAUCCGCUUUGGCUUAAUGGAUGUGGACACUCUCCAUACAGUUGCCCUGUCCCACCCUCUUGUCCAAGCAAGUGAGACUGCAACAGCCCUUGUCAAUGAGGCCCUGGAAUACCACCAGAGCAUCUAUGCACAGCCUGUCUGGCAGACUUGCAGGACCAAACCACGGUUCCAGUCAGACACUCUGUAUAUCAUUGGUGGGAAAAAGCGUGAGGUCUGCAAGGUCAAGGAACUUCGGUACUUCAAUCCCGUUGAUCAGGAGAAUGCUCUCAUAGCUGCCAUUGCCAACUGGAGUGAGCUGGCUCCCAUGCCUGUGGGAAGGAGCCACCAUUGUGUGGCAGUCAUGGGGGACUUCCUGUUUGUGGCUGGAGGGGAAGUUGAGCAUGCCAGUGGCCGGACGUGUGCUGUGAGGACUGCCUGUCGCUAUGAUCCCCGCAGUAAUUCCUGGGCAGAGAUAGCACCCAUGAAAAACUGCCGGGAGCAUUUUGUGCUGGGUGCUAUGGAGGAAUACCUCUAUGCAGUUGGGGGCAGAAAUGAACUGCGCCAGGUUCUGCCUACAGUUGAACGAUACUGCCCCAAGAAGAACAAAUGGACUUUUGUUCAGUCCUUUGACAGAUCCCUUUCAUGCCAUGCUGGAUAUGUGGCUGAUGGUCUUCUUUGGAUAUCAGGUGGAGUAACUAAUACGGCACAAUAUCAGAACAGGCUAAUGGUAUAUGAACCUAACCAGAAUAAGUGGAUAAGCCGUAGCCCCAUGCUACAGAGAAGGGUCUACCAUUCCAUGGCUGCUGUACAACGGAAGCUUUAUGUUCUUGGAGGCAAUGACCUAGACUACAAUAAUGACCGGAUCCUUGUGCGUCAUAUAGAUUCUUACAACAUAGACACUGACCAGUGGACGCGUUGCAGUUUCAACCUGUUGACUGGCCAAAAUGAAUCUGGAGUUGCUGUCCAUAAUGGGAGAAUAUAUUUAGUUGGUGGAUAUUCAAUUUGGACAAAUGAGCCUCUGGCUUGUAUCCAGGUACUGGAUGUAAGCAGAGAAGGCAAAGAAGAAGUAUUCUAUGGGCCUACACUCCCUUUUGCUUCCAAUGGAAUAGCAGCAUGCUUCCUUCCAGCUCCAUAUUUCACGUGCCCUAACCUUCAAACUCUUCAAGUGCCUCAUCACAGGAUUGGCACCAUCUGAAAAGCCAAUGCUCUCAACUAUCAUGAACAGGAGGAAAAACUUAGCCCUGACUGUUGGAUACUGGGCAUGAAAAGACUCAGUGCUCAAUGCUUCCUUGUCUUGCUUUAUAGGUCUUAUAUUCAGAUAGAUAUAAGCAAAAAAUGAACAAUUUUCUAAAAUACAUUAUUGAAAACUCUUGUCACCCUUCUCAGAGUAUGUCCACAUGCAAUAUGUGACUUUUAUUGUGGUACAGCUUAGUGCCAACUUAAGGUACAUUAUGUUCCAUGGGUCUUUAGAGCAUUCUUUGUACACUUUUUCUAAUCAGCACUGUCUGAAGACAACAUAACACUGUUGUUAGGCAAUUUAUUUGACUAAAUGGCAUCAAUGAUCUUAAAAAUAUAUAUAUUCUGUACUUAAUCCCUUUAUUAUUUAAAGCUGGGCUUGAAUUUAACAUUAUGCAGCCCUGCUCAGUAGAGACUCAGCAUUAUGACAUAAAUUUUUAAAUGCCAUAUUUUAUUCAAGGUGAUACGAACAAUAGACAUACAUCAGAACAGCAGUUGAAAUACCCAUAUUUUUCACCUUGGUUACUCUCCUUGGGUCAGAACCUAACUUUACAAUGCUUCAGUUUUCCCACCUUUUAAGAAGGAUCAUUACUGAUUUCCAUGUUAAUUUAAAAAAAAAAUCAUGAGAAUUAGGUGAAUAUUAUGAAAUACUUUGCCCAAGAAAAAGAAAAAUGUUACUGAAAUUACAAGGUGUUUUACUGUCUUUAGAACGUUGCAAUUGAACAGGAUUAUUUUUAAAGUUUAAAAAUUACUAGAUAGAGCUUGGAAACAUGUUAUGGAAUAAAUGAUACUGAAAAGAGUCUCUUUUGUGUGAAAGAGACACACAAUUAGGAAAUAGGGAGUUUACCAAAACCAAAGAUAUCUAAACUUGACUCUCCGAUGUCUCAUUUAAAAUCAUUUAGGGAAAAAUGACAUUUAAAGCUAAAAAAUAAUUUAGUAGUACUAAUUAUGGUAACAUAAAGUGCUUUGACAUAAAUUUGAACCUAGAAUUGGCAGUUCUAAUAAAAGUUUUUCCACUUUGUUAAAGGUUAUGUCAAUCUUGAGUGCUUGUGGGAUCCUUCUCCAACACCAAUACAUAUUUUAUUACUAUCACUUUUAAUAAUGCAUAAGAAUUCUUUUUUAAGCUAGUUUCUUUUUGGGUUUGCUUUGUCUAUAACAAAAAAUAAAUGAAACAACUUAACAAUCACAUUUGAAAACAAAUUCAACAAGUAUACUGUGAGUUUUUCUUUUUCCUAACUUCCUCAGGACCUAGGUCAUCUUUAUUAAAAGGAAGAAUUCACUCUUUUUUUCCUUGGCAGUUUAAUCAUUCAGCAAUCCCUCUCUUAAAAUAAAUUGUUAUUUUAUUCAUGUAACCAUUUUUUGUAAUCAAAAGUGAAUAAAAAGAUCUUUUUGUCUUAAAUACAGAAUUCACUAACUUCAUAUAUUGAUAUAUAUAAAACAUUGAAAAAAAAUAUGACCUUUGGUUACUCAGAUUCAAGGGGCAGGAAGGAGACUAAGGAGAAGGAAAAUAGGUACAUUAAUAAAAAUUGGAAUUUAGUGUAGA